CCGAGGCAGCCCGAACAUCUCUUCCAGACACACAUGCAGCAGCUCAUACACUAACCCUAUUGCGUGUGCAACCUAUUUGUGCCACACACUCACACUAACCCGUUCAACUACAGCAUGGAGGAGCGACAGCACCGCGCACAACACGCACCGUGCAGCACCUGCAGGAGAGAGCGCAAAGCAAACUUAACGAUUAGCGGCGUGUCGCCCCCCAGUCGAUCUCUGAUUCUGGCUUUGUCUUUGAGCUUGUGGAUCGCUCAAGCUUGUGCGUUGACCCCAGUCCCGGAAACGCUGUGCGGCGGGGAGCUGGUGGACACGCUCCAGUUCGUCUGUGGAGAGAGGGGUUUCUACUUCAGCCGGCCCCCUCGCCCGCGGGGACGCUACCAGGGGGGCAUCGUGGAGGAGUGCUGCUUCAGGAGCUGUGCCCUGGAGCUGCUGGAGCAAUACUGCGCCAAGCCCACGGUCACCGAGAGGGACCUCAGCCGACACAUCCUGCCCGCUCUGCAUGGGGAAACCGCCCAGAGGCCGUACCCCGUGCGCUUUGCUCUGUGGCAGAGGCAGUCUGUCCAGAGGCUGCGCCGCGGUCUCCCUGGGAGGUCCCGCGUUCCGUUGCGACGCCCUCAGCUGGCGCCCGGCGAUCACGUGAGAGACGCCGCCGCCACCGCCGCCGCUCUUCGCCGAGCGCUCGGCAGGCGUCGUCCCUCGGCCGCCGCCGGACAUAACGUGGACGGCGGUCGCCGCCGGCCCCUUGCCACCGUGCCGCUGCUCGACGGGCGCUCGUUUCGGGCGCUCGGCUCUCACGAAGAAGACGACGGCGCCAUCAUGGCGCUGCUCAGCAAGCAGCGGUCAGUCGGCGCGCCCGGGGCCGGGGUCCAGGAGGACGCCCGCGUCCGACGACCCCUGUCCGAGUGGCUCAGCACGUUGCCUCUUCACCAACACACUGCCCGCAAGUGAAGACCGCACAAAGAGAACCUUACAAAGGGAAUGAACUGAGUGAUAGUCGCCCUAAACCUUCCUGCUAUGUCUGAGGCACACUGACAACACACACACACACACACACACACACACACACACACGCACACACACAAACACACUAUAUCUCUGUCUCUCUCACACACGCACACACCUACUGACACACAGGCACUCUGACACAUAUGCACACACAUAUUCAUGCUCUUUCUCCCCUGCUCUGUCUGAUUGACACUCAGACAGAAAAGUGUGUGUGUUUGAAACAGACUUGACCGCAAAUGUGUUUCCUGGGUGUCGUUGAGGAGCCAAACAAGAAAAAGACGCCAUUGACCCUCGGAGCUCCUUGCAAUACAAAGGCGCCCACAACCAAUGAAAACCACACUAAAGAAUUGUUAAGAAGAAUUGUGUUUUUGUUUUUCACCGAGUGAGUGAGUGAGUGAUGCUCGUGCUCCUGCACCUUUAGGGAACCCGAAGAGGCACCCAAUAGCGACAGACCAUUUUGUGAAAGAAAAAUAAUUUGAGGAGGGAGUCAGUCUGGUCACUUUUUGGUGCUAUCUUUGGGAGAGAUGGACACGGCAGAAGAGGAAAGUCCGCUCUCAAAAAUCGUGUUUCUUUUUAACUUUUUAUCGUUUUUACUGUGCUUUCCGUUUUAAGGAAAGUGGGACUUAAAAAAAAAAGACGUAUAUAACAAGAAAAAAAAAAGCUUGAUUUGUGGCUGAGCAAAGCUGGGAGGUCAGUGUUCCUUAGCAUCACCAAGAGGAAUGACCCUGGGGGAACCAAAGAUUCACACAUUGAGUGGACAGACAGAUGUGCAUCAGAUGUGCAAAGACUAAAGAUAUUAGCCAUAAACUACAUAGGCCACUGUAUCCUGCACUACCGUCACAAUCCUGCAAAGAAAUCCGUCACAGACAUAUCUGUUGUUUCCUUCUCUGUCAGUUUUUCCAGAUACUAUUCCUACUUAAGAUGUACAUAUGGGAAUGCUUAAAAGUCAAGAGGGGGGGGGGGAGCAAUAAUGCUAUCAGUCAUUCUAUUCUUCUAGUACACAAAUGCUUCAGUUUGAGGUGAAAUACUUGAAUCUGUUUAAUUUUCCCACAGAAUUCAGAAAACAUAUGUGGUGAUAACUGUAUUGAACAUGCAUUACAAAGAUCAAUUUAUCAUUGUUAAAAAGUAUUAAGUAUCUAUAAUGCUGUGGUACCAAUGUCACAAGUGUAAGAAGUUUCAGUGUCAUUUGAAUCACGUGAGGUGAAAUUCAGUUUUCCAUCUCUGUUUUUUAUGGAAUGUCUGUUUCUGAUGAGUCGUGCUCCGUGGAAUGUUUUGAAGUAUUACCUGCCCUUGAGAAUCUCCAGUCUUUGGAACGCUGCUUUAGAAUGCAUUUUUGAUCAUUCGAGGCCGUUUUGAAGGAGGAGUUUCAGCAGAAUGGAUUUUUUUUUCCCGUCGUCGUUUUUUUCUUUCCUCUCCCUGGAAUGAGCCCUCUGAUGUUUCUCUCUUUGCUCAGACACAGGCAAAGCACUGUACAAAGGCAUUAUUUAUUUUCUUAUUAAAAAAAUAAAUAUGAUUAUUAAAUAUGGUCCAAAUGAAAUAUGUACUCGGCACCGAUGCACAACUGUUGACAAGCCUCUUUUGUAUGUUUCUCUUUUUAUCUUGUACUGCUUUGUUGUGUAGAUGCUUUGUACCAAAAAAGAAACACAAAAAAAAGCAUCCUCCUCUCCUUCUGGUUUUCCCCACUGAGUAAAGUCCAAGUGCCCUUUCAAAA